AGGCUCAGAGCAAAGGAGCGACUCAGACCAGAUUGUAAAAAAAAAAAAGCACAGGGAGUGCAGUGGAGCAGGCAGAAAGACUCUGAGGCUGUCUGCACCUUGACUUGUUGGAGCAGCAAGCAGUACCUGCACGGCGUCAGGCAUCUGCUACCUGUUGAGUUUAUUGUGGAGUCAGACAGGAGGGACUAGCUCUUCAAGGAGAAGAAAAAGAAGCUUCAAACGAGUAAUUCUGGACCUUAAACUCAUUGAUUUAAAUGCUGAACCUGCAGUUUUUCUUUUAUUUUUGGGAAACUUAAUUUCAUUGGAUCCUGCAUCCUUCCCACCCAGCAGACCUCUGUUUAACUUUGGAACAAACAGGAACGUCUUCCCAGUGUAAAAACCAGCGUGAAGGGGGAAAAAAAGAGAAGUAAAUCAUCCAUUCCCAGCAGUUCUUACCUCCCACCCUCUGCUUUGGACACCCCCCCUCUCUCUCUUGCUCCCUCACUCUCCUCUUUUGCCCCCUGUGCCCUCCCUAAAACACCUCACCUCCCCCCCAACAGAGCAGAAAGCGUGAACAAUCUCACUAAUGGCUUUAUUUGCUGUCAGUUCUGCACAGCUCUGUCAUUCCCUUGGACCAUUCUGCUUCACACAUUUCAUAGUUGAGUAAGCCUCCUCUGCUGUCUGGCUACAAAGUGCCCUUGCAAGGCUGUGCUGGCUGGGACCUCAUCAAGAGGGGAGGAACACAACAGUGGCAUUCAGUCUGAGAACUUUGUGGACAAGGACAUCCUGAAACUCAGUUAUUUUUGGUGUUUGUUGGCCUUGUGCGCGUCUUCAUCUUCUGUGAAAAAACAAAAAAAACGUUACUGGUCCUAAAGCACCCUGCAAACUUUUUCUCAGGCCCCUUGGUGCUGAUUUAAAGUGUGAAAAUGAGGUGUGGAGCUGGCUGCCUGGCAGUGGUGGCUGCAGUGUUUUGGACUCAGUGCAUCCUUCUGGACGGAGUGGAAGCCAAGAAGGAGAGAAAGAGGCCAAAGGAGGCUACGCCGCAACACACAGAGGCAUACAAUAUAACCAUCUCCAACAGCGAGGAGGUCGGGAGAGUCAUCAAGACUUCUGAUCACCAAAGAGUGGAUCCACUGGGGUCAUGGAUGGAUUUUGUCAAAAGACCUGUUGGAAACUUCCCGGGAAAGUGUCGCAAACGCAAACGACCUCUGCCAGGACCACCGGGGCCCCCUGGUCCUCCGGGCCCUCGAGGACCUCCUGGCUCCCCAGGAGCUGAAGUGACCCAGAAUGUUCUUUUGCAGGAAUUCAAAGAGAUGAUUAAAGAGGCAACAGAGAGGAGGGCAGCAGCACUCGACAGGCAAACGAGUCCUAGCCAGCAACCUACAGCCCUCCUAACGCUGGAGGGAAUGGCCCCCCACCGCCGAAUACAAGAAGCUUUCCACUGCAAGCUCAAGGGACCUGUGGUGGUGGACAAGAAGACUUUGGUGGAACUCCAGAACUUUCAGACACCACCUGCUAAAGGAGCUUUCCUCAGAGGAAAAGGGAUGGAUCAGUCAACAGGGAGGUUCACAGCCCAAAUAACUGGGAUCUACCAGUUUUCUGCAAACGUCCACAUCGAUCACAAUGAGGUGAAGAGGAGCAAAAGCCAGCUUAAAGCCAGAGACAACAUCCGUGUGUUGAUCUGCAUUGAAUCCCUCUGCCACAGAUACACUUCUCUUGAAAUGAUUGUCGGAUUAGAAAGCAACAGCAAAAUAUUCACCGUCAAUGUUCAGGGACUGCUUGAGCUACAGGUUGGCGAAUACACUUCCAUAUAUGUGGAUAAUGCAGCAGGUGCUUCUAUUACAAUACAAAGUGGCUCCGAUUUCAUGGGUAUACUGCUUGGUGAAUAGCCUACCUCUGAAGAAGAGCCUCCUCCACACCAUCCACUGGUGUCACAUGGUUCUUUGUAUCUUUGAAUGAAUUGCAUCUCAAAACCAUGACACAAGACAGAAACCACAUGGGAUUUUUGAAGGAAAGAUGAACGGCUAAAAUAUUGACAAUACUGCCCCUCAAAUGGUGAGAGGACACUUUGAAGAACUUCAAGGCUGUUUGUUUUUCACAAUGCACUGCCACUUCAUGGGAAACUUGGAUGCAUGCUGCCUCACGUAUAAAAUAACCUGAACAUUACAAGGAGAUUAUGUUUGCAUCAGUAUAUUAUAUGGCUUUUUAAGACGUGUGCAGUAAACCAAACAUUAUUCUUGUUCACUGUAAACCUUGGAAAAGCUAAAGAAAAUUCUAUUUCACAGUCAUCCUUAUAAUAUAUAUUGGUAUGUAUUGGUUUUUUCUACAGUGUUUGUCAUUUACACAACUUUGAGAUGGUAUUUUUGAAUUUUAAAAUCACAAAUAUAUGUAUAAAUAUAUGUAUAUUAUAUGGUGCAUAGACUGUGAGUACACUGGAUGUUUGAUGCUAAAUAGGCCUCAUUAGUUGGCAACAUACAGUCAUCGGAAAAACUAAGUAAAUCCUUGGAUUCAAUAGGUUGAAUCUCCCCCACCACCAAUUCCUGUAAUUCCAACACUUUUAUUAGUAAUAAGUGUCAGUUUUCUUCUAUACGGCAGAGGAAUACCUUUGGUCUUUUCUCUUUACAACAUUACUGAAGUUCAUUGAGUUUUAUUGGCAAGCGUAUCUAUCGAGCUGCACCAUAGGAUUUCAAUCAAGCAGGGGUCAGCAAUCGGGUGGGCCAUUUCUUUCUAUGCCUUUUUUUAGUUGAAUUGCUGCUGUGUUUACAUAAUUUGCAUCUUGAUGGGUUAGGCAAAUUCUCUCCGUGUAUUUAUGCAACAAGCCCAAACCAACACACCUCCAAUACUGUGCUUUAACAUUUUGUUUGUACAGAUACAUUGUGUUUGGUUUGGCCAAACAUAGGCUGUUCCAGGGCACGAUAACUUAAAAUCUUUCAAAAACUAGCAUUUUAUUGCUAGAGAGAUUAGAAAUUCAUCAGUCUUUCUAACUUGUAAACAAUAUUUUUUUUUUAUAAAAUGUUGAUGUUGGACCUAAAAACAGCUUUAUCCAUUCAGACCGCUUUAAUUAGCAUUUCCAUAACUAGUGGUGGGUAGUAACUAGUCACAUUUACUGGAGUAAC